AUGACAGCCCCCAACUCCAAGACACUCACGCUCCUUUUCCUUUCCAAGUCUUCUGGACACUCUGUCAUAUCUACACUCUUUCUCUGCCGACACACGGUCUUCCAGCGGCUCGGCCAGGGUGACUACGUCUUCCGGCCAGGCCAGCCGGGUGCCAGGACCUCUGUGGUGCGGGAUGGGCUGCUGGAGCUGGGUCUGCCAGGGCCUGAUGGGAAGGAAGUGGUCCUUGGGGACAGCGCCAACAGCCUCCUGAGCAUCUUGGACGUCAUCGCCGGCCACCAGCACGCCCAGGGGCACUGUGUCUGCCCGGAUGGCCUGAGACUCCGUGGUGCCGCAGCUGCCAGUGGAGCCUUUCUCUGCCGCGUCCCCCAAGUACCCCGAGAGCUUGGGGUGGUACGGAUCAUCACGGGGAGGCUGCAGCGGGUCCUUCAGCCGCGAGAUCCAGCCCCUCGCCGCUUCCCCAGCCCCGCCUCCCGGACCGCACCAGCCCCGGGUGUGGCUCCAAGCGGGUGGUCAACACCUCAGCUAUCGAGGAGCCAAGGGGGACUCUUGGCCAGCCACCUGACCGCAUUGGGGCCCCACUCCCUGGACCCGGAGAGGACCGGUGGCCACUCCCUCCUGAACGGCCCGGUCUUGCCCCAUCAUGCCAAAGCUGGCACCAUCAUCACCGGCCAAAGUGACCAGGAUGUCAGCCUGUGCUUUGUGCUGAGGGGCUGUCUGCAUGUCUGCACCCCCUCUCACCAGGGGCCUUGUCGAGGUCAAAGACUGUGGACUGGGCCUCGUACAGGUGUCACUGCAGGGGUCCACCACUCCAGAGUCAAGAGGGCCAGGCCUGAGGAGCCCCACACUUGGGAAGACUGGCCCAAGUCCGAUCUUCAGCCCUGCUCCAGCCACACCCCGGAAGCUGGCUGGUCUACACAUGGCAGAAGCUUGAGGAAUCACCGGCUUGUUAAGAUAAGUAGACUGUUACUCCUUGCCAUCAGGUUGGCAGAGGCUGCCCCAGAAAGCUGGGGAAAUAGAGAGAUGUUCCUGUUGGCACUCACUUUCCUCUGACGGAUAGGAUGUUUUGUUGGUAUUGAUUUCCUCUAAUCUGGGCCCCAUUUGUAAGUGUGGGGCACAUUGAAUGGAAGAAAUCAGGGGCUUAAAAGCUCAUACUGUUGUAACCUCUUUCGGUCUGCUGGUUUGCCUGCCAGGAAGGAGGUUGCCAAUGCCAUUUUGGGGAAGUGUUUUCAAUGAUGUGUACAAUGAUGUAUGUGCGUCUAGCUUGGGGGGGUGGGGGAAAGAGACUGAUAAUUCUCCGGAUAAAAGUUGGUGUUUAGAAUAA